CCAUGUCGUAGUUUUUUCUCCUCCCUUCUGUUUUAUGUGACCACAUGAGCAGGUUUACAUACAUUUCCACUCCUCCCCUUCUAAAUUGACAUUUUUUAAAUGUUGUAUAUUUAUUUAUUUAUUUAUUUAUUUUUACUUUUUUUUUAAUGCGGUCGCUGCUCCGAUGAGCCGCCUUCUGUUUGGUUGACGCUGAAGAGGAGCAUGACAAGUUGCAGCGUUCGACUUCAGACAUGGAGCAACCCGCGUCUCACAGCGAAGCAGCAAACGGCGGCUGCUUCGACAAGAGCUGCUCGUCACUCGCGGUGGACGACGUCUACGAGAUUGCCAAAGUCCUCGGCGCCGAGCUGGAGAGGCUCAUCGACGGCUACGGCAAAGAGAGCGUGCUGGGCCUGGUAGCCAGGGUGGUGAAAGUGCUGGAGCUUCUGGAGAGCUUCGCGGCCAGGAAUCAGGCACACCAGCACCGUGAAGAAGAACUGCUCCGGGCCUUCGAGAGCUUACAGCUGCAGCGCAAGAAACGAGCGGCCAAGGACAACGACGAAAUCAACGAAAAUCACGAAACGCGGGAGGAGCAGCAACAGAAGGAGCAGCAAUGGAGGAGCAAGUGUGAGGAGCUGCAAGUGCAAAUCCAGCAGCUUCAGGAAGACAACAGACAGCUGCAGAACAGGCUAAAGGGAAGCCACGUGCAGGAUGAUCGUGUCCAGCGGCAGGAGCGAGAGGUGAUGCUGAAGCUGAAGCAGGUGGUGGACAAGCAAAGAGAUGAGCUGAGGGCCAAAGUUCAAGAGAUCGCCACCAUCUCCAAGGAGGUGGAGGCGCUCCAGGAGCAGCUGGAGCGCUUCAUGAAGAUGAAUGGGGAGCUGCGACACAAGCAGAACGUGCUGCAGGCCCAGCUCAAGAGCACCGUGGAGAGAAAGGCCGACAUGGAGGCCGACCUGAAAGAGAAAGCCAAAGUGAUCGAAAAGCUGCAAGCGCAGAUGGACAGGACCAACAGCAACAACCAUUCCAGUCCAAGUCAGACGAAUAGUAAGGCAGAGCCUUCAACUGACCACAAGGAUCCUGACCCGCUUUGCUUCACCAAGAAGGAGGUGCGUGACAUCAUUUUUGAGCGGAAUGAGCUCAAAACCAACCUCUUCCUGGUGCAAGAAGAGCUUAACUACUAUCAAAGAGAGAUUCUGAACGAGGAACGGUGCCCCGGGUUCCUCUUGGAAGCCGUGCGAUCGGCCAUCACAAAAAGAAGAAAAGUCAUCAAAGCCAAGAUGCUUGGAAUUCCUCCCCCUGACUCCAGCAGUGAUGAGGAAGACAAAGGUCCUGUGAUGGAAGUGGAUGGUACAGAAAAGCCAGCAGAAUCACGCAUUCGAAACCUCUUUGGCUUCCUGACGUGGUCGGGCAGCGGCCGGAGCCCCACCCACAUGAGCAACGCCACGUCCAGCUGGGAGAUCAUCGCGGACUCCGAGGCCAGCGGGGAAUCCCAGCAUUAGAUGACAAGUUUGUUUUAAAGCCGUCCCCGCAACCCUUUUAUCCCGCCGCUUGUUUUAAUAGAAUGCGCUUCUGCUCCUGUAAGCUUUCCAGCAUUAUCACAAAAAUACUAUGCAACUGGAAGAAGAGACAGACCUCGCUCACUUUUUCUUUAUCUAUCACAGCUCAUUUUAUAUCCUGCCAUUUUGUUUUCAGUCAGUAAAGAAAAAAACGUACAUAAUUGUACUAAUCACCAUAUGAGGAGGACGUUUAAUUCCAAUUACCUGAAAAAAGUUAGCACUUAUAUGUAUACGUCCUUUAUUUCUUUUAAAAAACAAAGACUACCAAAUAUAUUUUGAAUGAGAAGUGCACUCUAACAAGGAUUUAAAAUGUAAGGUUAAGCGCUUUCUGUUAUAAGUUAUUAUAAGAAUUUAAUCAUAGUUCUAUUAUGGUACUUUUAUUUAAUUCGGUGAGUUUUAAAUGAUUUAUGAUGAGGUAUUACCCUUCUUUUGCAGUCACUGCAUUUUAACCCCAUGAGUCUUAAAACGCUGCUUAUACAGUAUACUGUAUGUUUGUAUGUCUUAGGAAACUAUUCUCACAAGACUUGAGUUGGACUAAUACACUGUAUAUAGCAGAAAAAAAUUGUAUUUUUGGGGUUUGCUAACUUUUUUUAAAUUAUGGGGGGAAAGAAAUUGUAUAUAAAUAUGUAUAUAUCUGAAUUUGACUUGACCCUAAGACCCAAACCACAACUGACAGCUUUGAGAUUAUUAUGAAUAUAGACUUGUGUGGCAAAAUGGAGCAUUCACACUGCAACAGGCCGUUUUUUCCUCAGCGUUAAUUGCACUAUAGGUAUGCUAAUGGUGGUGGAAAUCAGAUCAGUUUGAGCAUAAUAUAAUGCUUAAAAAUACAUAUAAUUUCAUGGUAAAUGUUCUUGAGAACACAUUGGUCCUUGCAUAUAGCAUUUAUUGGGUCUUUAUUUAAUGGUGUUGCAAUGUAUGUGUAUAAACAUUUGAAUUUAGAAAAAAAAAAAAAAAAAAAAAGGGUCUGCUUGUGUGGCCCACAGCAAUGCAUUGCCAGUGAGCACUUUUUAAAUAUGAGAGGCAGCACAAAAUCCUUAUAGUUAUUUUUCCUCCAAUAGCAUUUGCAGUUUAUUUUUGUAAGCAUGGAUUUUAUUUCUGAAAAAAAAAAAAGAAAUUUGAAUGCAA